AACAAGAAUGGACGGAGACCAAAACAAUUACGGACGAUAGGCACAAAGCGGACGUGAGAAAUCUGUGAAAAUUUUUGUAGUAAAUCGCGUGUGGUGUGGGCGCAUUUAAAAAUGGUGCUGCGAUCGGGGAUUAUAAUUCCGUUUCAGUUUCGCGACACAAAGAAGCUGCUGAUGAUCGGAGUGCCCGAGGAGAACCGUAACCUGAACAUAUGGGACCUGAAGAACGUGGUUCGCGCCGCCUUUGGGAUCUACAACUUUGAGUUCCGGAACAAGAAGAUCGGCUUUAAUAUUCCGGACGAACUGUUGCUGCACUAUUUGGCUCAAAGGCACGACCUCACCAACUUCGUUAUAGAGAUCAGUCAAGUGUACGAUGUGGCCAUGGACACCUAUGUGCUGAACCGCCAGUGCCGAUGUGCGGACCCGAAAAUGCUCAACGACUCGCCGACGCCCGAGGAGCCCACCAAUCUGUGCCAGCCUAGUAGCAAUGUCUUAGAGUCCGCCCCCACACCGCUGAUGACUUUGCCCGCCUGCGAGGAUGAGGAGCACGAUCAUGAGCACGAGCACGAGCAUGAGGAGAGCAUGAAGUACCGGAUCGAUAAGGCCAGCAGUGGAGCUGCCUCCGUGGACUUGGGCAUGCCCGCCUACGAGGCCUGCUCGCCCAAAAUGGACUAUGACACGCAGGAUGAGCUGCCCGAUUCGCCGCAUUCGCAGCCGCUUCCACCACCGCCUUUGCCUUUGUCUGCGGCCCUGCCACUCCCGCCGCCGCCCACCUCGCAUCCCCAGCAGCAUCUGCAGCAGCAGCAGCAACAACACGAGGAGCAGCAACAGCAACUCUUGCAGGAGCGCAUCCAGCAUGAGUACAUGAUCCAGCAGCAGCAGCAACAUCAACAUUUGCAACAGCAGCACCAGCAUUUGGCCCUCCUGCAGCAGCAGCAGCACGAACACCAGCAACAGCAGCAGCAACAACAUCCGCAGCAGCAACAUGGAGUCAACAUGGCCAUGGGCACGACCACCACAAAUAACAUUCGACAACGCAAGGAGCGCAUGUCCAAGCGGCAGAAGGAGCUGUAUGUGCACUUCCUCCAGCAGCAUCAGUUCAUCAACGAUCAUCGACGCAACGAUCCCGUGCUGGAUCCCUACUGGCUAAAGCUGGCCAAUCUACUGAAUGCAGUGCCUCAGGGAGCCGUGAAGCAUGUGACCGAGUGGAAGCAGACAUUCGACAAUUGGCGGUACCGGAUAUUCCUCUAUGCGCGAUACAACUCCAAGUUGCAGGACGAGGAGGCCCAGAAUCCGCGCAACUUCAAGCCCCUGACACGCACCGACAAGCAGGCUUAUAUCAUGUGGAUCCGGAAUCCGGAUACAGCGCCCCCCGAUCUGGACAAGAUGCGCAACGUCUUCUGCAAUCUGGAGGAGACGGUGGUGCAGCAGGAAUAAUAGAUUCGGAAAUUGCCAUCAUUGUCCUAGUUUUGUAACAUUUUCAACACUUUCUUUGUCUUCUUUUUAAAAAUGGUUUUUAUCGUGCGUCGUAAAUGUGUGUCGCUGUCGUUUUUUCCUGUUUUGGAAAUGCAUUUUCCUUUUAGUUUUUUGUCAUGUUGUUAUGCUUAUACAUAUAUGAAUAUUAAA